CUGCCUUACAGAACCAGUGGCAAUUUCAAGAAACUUGUGGAGUACUCUUUUGUGACUACAAGAGGAGCUUUCAACAUUCAACACAACUGUCAGAGAACAACAGGAGUCAAGAUGAAAUUGAUCUUCCAGUCCUUCCUCUAUUGCUGUCUACUGGCAACAGUAGCACACUGUGUGGAGCUUGAAGUGAAUCCCGAGUUGAAAAAAAGACUAAGCAUAUGGCUAGGGAGCAGACUGAGGCGGGAUCUUGACAGUGUAUCGGUGGAGAAGAGAGCAGAGUCUGAGAACUUUGUCAGACCAGAAGAUAUCAGGGAUACCUUGCUGCCACAUUCCAGCACUGACACCAAAGUCCGAACAAAGAGGUCUAAAAACCCAGCCAACCAGUACGGUAACGGAUGUUCGCUGGGCACCUGUGCAGUCCACGACCUGGCAUACCGCCUGCAUCUCACCAACAAGUUGAGAAUUGGGAGUGCCCCUUCUGAAAAGCUCAGCCCUAAUGGAUACGGCAGGAGGCGUCGAUCUCUCCCGGUGCACAGAGUCACACUGAGGCUGAAGCAGGGCAGACUGAGGCCCGUGUGGAGCAAAACUGGCUCACAAGUCCACAGGCUCGAGGCUCUCCUCAGACGGACAUGAGCAUGAACUUUGCAAGAGAAUUUUUGGAACAAAAGCGAGGGAGUAGCACAGAAUUAUUGUCCUCGAAAUUCUCGAAAUGCCUCAGUCUCCUGCCAAGUAUUCUCCAGCACAUUUGUUCCAGGCGUGAGGUCUGAGUCAGAGAAAGAUUGGCUACAACUGAGUUUCUCUGAAGAUUGAGCCUUGCACCUAAGCGAUGUACUGUAGAGCUUGCAAACAGCUGCAACUGCCUUACAGACUCUGGAUGGCACAGUGUAGAGUAAACUGCAGGUGCUGCUUUCUGCUUGGCGAAAGGAAAAGAAGAGUGCAAAUACCUGGCAAAGUGGACACGUCCUGUGGCUCAAAGAGAGAACUCUCUUCAAACAUUCUGGGACUUUACACUCUCAUUCCUCAAGGCCAGGACUUUGAUAAGUUAUAUCCACUAAGGACUAUGCCACCAUAUACCAUCGAACUGUUUGAACUUGUCUGCACUUUUCAAUUUCCAUUUUUGCAUUUGACAAAGUCAAAUGAAUCAUCAGGAAAAUACAUCUUCAUCAUAAAGCCAUACAGGAAGAUAGGCUGCAGAGCUCUGAAGCUCUCAGUUUAAAUCAAGUUUUGGACACUGUAUAAGGGAAAAUGCCUUAGAUUCUGUGAGAUAUGUGCCAGUCCAGUAUGGAUUGAAAUAUACUUGAAUUUUUUUGUUUGUACAAAACCAUGUGCAAUCUAUAUUUGUUUUUGUUGCAGGUAUAUGUGUAUAUGAAUUUCUUUAUUUAAAUAUUAUAUAGAGGUUACAUUAAAGAACUUAUGCAGAUAGAACUAUUUUUGUACAGGAAGAAAUAUAUAUGGGCAUUGUAGCUAUUUGUCACUAUUGUUUUGCAAAUCUGUGGUAAUAGGAUAUCUGUUUUAUGGGUAUAUUAUAUAUUUUAUAGAUUUAAAUGUGGUCUAUUUUAUUUGUGUUGAAGCAAUACCAAUGUCAUUUCAAUAAACAUUUUGCAUACAAAUCUA